AUGAAUUUAAAAAACUUAGAAACAUGUAAAGGAUUAAUUAAAGGAUCUUAUAUUGAUCAAGCAAUUCAAGGAACAUCACAAUUCAAUAAACUUUUAGAAACAUUAUUAAUACAUAAAAAAUUACCAAAUAUAGGAUAUAAUGAUAAAAUUAUUGAAUUAAUUUUAAAUGAAAUAUCAUUGAUGGAUUCAAAUAAUUUUAUAGAGAAUAUUGGAGUUGGUGAAAGAGAGGGAAGAAUAUAUAGUGGGUUAGUUGAAAAAAGACAUUAUGGAUUUGCACAUGGUAUUGGUAGAAGUGGUGAUAUUACAGAGCAACAACCAAAAGCAGCAGGAUCAAGUUUAAUUCAAAAAUUAACACAUUCAUUAGUAUUGGAUGCAAUGAAAUUGGCAGGACUAGAACAAUCAUCAUUAUCAAAUUGUUUACUAUUACCAAUGGCAACUGGCAUGACAUUAGCAUUAACAAUGUUAACAUUAAAAUCAAUCAAUGCAAAUAAUAAAAGAUAUGUACUAUGGCCAAGAAUUGAUCAAAAGUCAUGUUUAAAAUCAAUAAUAACAGCAGGACUAAUACCAAUUGUUAUACCAAAUCAAUUGGAUGGUGAUAUGAUUAGAACUGAUUUAGUGGCUAUUGAAGACAAAAUUAAGGAAUUAGGUGUGGAUAAUAUAUUAUGUGUUUUUAGUACAACUAGUUGUUUCGCACCAAGAGUACCAGAUAAGAUUAUUGAAAUUUCAGAAAUUUGUAAAAGAUAUAACAUUGGUCAUAUCAUUAAUAAUGCAUAUGGUUUACAAUGUUCAAAGAUACUACAUAACAUAUCGCAAGCUUGUAAAUUGGGUAGAGUGGAUGCAUUCAUUCAAAGUACUGAUAAAAAUUUUAUGGUACCAGUUGGUGGAGCAAUCAUUAGUGGUCCAAAUUCCGAAUUUAUAGAUCAAAUCUCUCGUAAUUAUCCAGGUAGAGCAAAUUCUUCACCAAUUUUAGAUGUUUUCAUAACACUCUUAUCAAUGGGUAAACAAGGUUGGUUAAAUUUAUUAAAAGAAAGAAAAGAAUUAUUAAUUUAUUUUAAUGAACAACUUUCAAAAUUUGCAUUAGAAAAUAAUGAAAAACUUUUAAAUACAAUUAAUGAAAAUAAAAUUAGUUUUGCUUUAACUUUAUCAUCAAACAAUUUUAAUAAUAAUGAAGAAAUCAUCUCUAAUAAUAAUAAUAAUAAUAAUAAUACUUUUUCAAUGAUUGGAUCAAAAUUAUUUUCAAGAUCUUGUUCAGGUUCUAGAGUAAUUGAUUUAAAAUCAAACAAAAAACUUUUAAUUGGUGGUUUAGAAUUUAAUAAUUAUGGUUCACAUAUUGAUAAUUAUUCAACAUCUUAUUUAACUGUUGCUUGUGCAAUUGGUAUCACAAAAUUAGAAAUUGAUACAUUUAUACAAAGAUUAUCAAAAUUAUUUAAUAAAAAAUAA